UCCUUUUUCUGUUUUGUUUGGAAUGGGCAUAUGGAGCAGCCAUAAAGGGAAAACGUGCGUACAAAAUGUCAAACUCGCUCCUGCUGCUUUCCACUGCAGAGGUACCGCGACGGCUGACAGUUAAUUUUGCAAAUAAAAAAAAUGUAGACGGGAGCCUCAAUGUUAAAUCAUAAGGACUAGUUAAGGGCUCCGCCAUUGAGUCUUCGAGUCCUCGGGAAGUGUCAACACUCACCCCGACCCUGCGCGCCUUUGUCUAGGAUCAAGUUUGGAAGCGCGCAGGCUUAGCAGCCUGCAGGUUCUCGGGAGCGAAAGCGCACAUGCGCUCAGGAGGAAGAGUGUUUGGGCACCGACCCACUUCCAGACCGACCCCAUCAGCGGCGGCGGCGGCGGCGGGAUCGACUUGAAAGCAAGGCUGGCUGCCGCUUUCUCCUCACACUCGCCGGCGUGUGGGCGUGUUUCUGGGCCGCCGCCUCCUUCGCUUUCCUCCGCCUCUCCAAGUUUGUGGCUGUUUUUCAAACAGGCAGCAGCCUCCUCGCUCGAGUCCCGCCUCAGCAGCAAGCGGCGGCGGCAGCGCCCUGGGUUGUUCCCCUCAGGCGUGGCCGGAGAGCGCCAUGAAGAGCCGGCGGCGCUGGAGGUGGCGCUGGGAGCACCGCGGCUUCGCGCUGGGCUUGGCGCUCUACACGCUGCUGCUCCUGCUGCUGGUGUCUUACAUGCUGGACUACGGCGCCAGGAGAGGGCGCGCGGGAAAGGAGCAGCCGCCGCCGCCCCCACCGCUGCCCCGACCUCGAGGAGGCGCUCGGGGACUGGGCGUGGGAAGGGCAGCCACCGCCGGCACCGCCACCGGGAGAAGCGCCGCUCCGCCCGCGCCCAGGCACGAAGCGAAGAGGAACGAGUCUGAGGACUCCGACGAAGCCGGCCCGGGGAGCCGGGCGGGCGGGAAGCGCCACAUCUACUUGCACGCCACCUGGCGCACGGGCUCGUCGUUCCUGGGCGAGCUGUUCAACCAGCACCCGGACGUCUUCUACCUGUACGAGCCCAUGUGGCACAUGUGGCAGGCGCUGUACCCGGGCGACGCGCUGAGCCUGCAGGGCGCGCUGCGAGACAUGGUGCGCUCGCUCUUCCGAUGCGACUUCUCGGUCCUGCGCCUUUACGCCGCGCCGCCGGGGCCCCGAGACCCGCUGGCGCCCUUCUUGCCCGGCGGCGGCGGCGGCGGCGGCGUCAACCUCAGCACGGCCAGCAUCUUCGGCUGGAGGACCAACAAGGUGAUCUGCUCCGCGCCGCUGUGCCCCGCGGCGCCCCGGGCCCGCUCCGACGUGGGCCUGGUGGACGGCGCCGCUUGCGAGCGCAGCUGCCCUCCGCGGGCGCUGCGGGACUUGGAGGCCGAGUGCCGAAAGUACCCGGUGAUGGUGAUCAAGGACGUGAGGCUGCUGGAGCUGGGCGCGCUGCUGCCGCUGCUGCGCGACCCGGAGCUGGACCUGCGCGUGGUGCAGCUCUUCCGCGACCCGCGCGCCGUCCACAACUCGCGCCUCAAGGCCAAGCAGGCGCUGCUGCGGGAGAGCAUCCAGGUGCUGCGGAGCCGCCACCGCGCCGCCGAGCCCCGGGGACUCCCCCGCCGCCACCCUCUGCUGCCCCCCGGCGCCGCGGCGGCUCUGGCCGGGGUCCACCCUCGCCAGCAGCACCGCGCCGAGUUCUUCCUGGGCGGCGCCCUCGAGGUGAUCUGCCAGGCCUGGCUGCGCGACCUGCUCUUCUCCCGCCGCGCGCCGGCCUGGCUGCGCGCGCGCUACACGCAGCUGCGCUACGAGGACCUGGUGCUGGAGCCGCGCGCCCAGCUGCGCCGGCUGCUGCGCUUCGCCGACCUGCCGUCGCCGCCCGCGCUCGAGGACUUCGUGCUCAACAUGACGCGCGGCGCCGCCUACUCCUCCGAGCGCCCCUUCCUCAUCUCCGCCCGCGACGCGCGCGAAGCCAUCCACGCCUGGCGGGAGCGCCUCAGCCGCGAGCAGGUGCGCGAGGUGGAGGCGGCCUGCUGGGAGCCCAUGCGCCUGCUCGCCUACCCGCUCAGCGGCCAGGAGGACGGCGACCGGCAGGAGGCCUCCAGGGGGCGCCCCAGCCCUCCUCAUCCAGGCUAACUGGCCAGCGGUUGCCCCGUGACAGAGGACAUGGAAGAGCAGCUGUGUAUGCCACGGACACUGGAAACUUCAGUGAAAUGCAGCUUCUACUGUAGGUUCUGCCUGGCAGAAUGAAUACUGGCUAGCUUUAACGAAAUGGACGUUAUUGUGAUGAGGACCUCCCUACGGAAGGUUACAUGGUGCAAUAUGAAUAACUGUAGCCCUCCAUUCGUGGAGUGCCUCAACUUCUUUCUUUCGUCUGCCCGUGUGUUGCCGAUCGUAAGUGCUACUGUUUCAUCCAAGAGACUACUUUUUUUUUUUUUAACUGUCAGUACUUGGACUACUGUUUACCACGUGAAGUUAAAAUACAAACGAGUGGUGUUUUGCUUA